AAACACAGAGACAAGACUAAAGAAAUUCUCCCGUACAGCUGGCUGAAAUUUUACGGCUUGAAACAUCACUGGCAAAAUCAUGAAAAUCCUGUGAAAAUGUUGCGAAGUCUGCCACAUUUCGCUGCGACAACCUGAAUUCAGCCUUGGGCUGACUUUCUGAAGUUCAUGAAUUGCAAAAUAAUUCUCUUUUGAUACGUCCACCUAAUCACCACAUCUACCCAAGGAAUCAGCGGUCAUCCCAGGUGUAUCAUGGCGUCCAGUGGCCUGGUCAUCCCAGUGGUAUUGUGGGGCAGUAACGCUCCCACACAUUGCGUCUCGGCAGUGCUGAUCACCACGGACCAGAGGACCAUCAUAACGGGUUGCCAUGACGGCCAGAUCUGCUUGUGGGAUCUCAACGAGAGUAUGCAGGUUGUUCCUCGUAACAUGCUACUAGGCCACUCUGCUGCCAUCACCUGUCUGGCGAGGGCCAGUGAGUCUUGGGAGUCGUCAACCUUCAUCAGUGCUGCUGAAAACGGUGAGCUGUGCCUUUGGGACGUGAGCGACGGCCGUUGUAUCGAGGUGACCAAAGUCCGCGGCGUGCCCACCGUCAUGCAUACUUAUCAGGCUACCAAGGGCACCAGCCGGGAGUCGCGCAUCAUCUGUCACGGGUACUACCCGGAUGUUCACAUCUUCGACGCGACCAGCCUGGAGCUGCUCUUCACACUGACCUCCAAGGUGGCUCCGGACUGGAUCAGCGCACUCUGCGUGAUCCGGCCGCUUAAGAGGCAAGAGGAUGUUGUCAUAGGCAUAUCCAAGAGUGGCAUGCUGAAAGUUUGGAAUCUGUGCGGUGCGGAAAGCAAGAACACAGAGCCCCAUCUAGAGGAGGAAUGCAAACCCCUGAGAUGCCACAAUGCGCAGACUCUGUCCUGCUGUGCCUUCACCCUUCGCACCGUGCUGAUCGUCUGCACCAAGUAUUGGCAGAUCUAUGACGCCGGCGAUUUCUCCCAGCUGUGCUCUGAAGACACGGAGAAGGGUUACCAUUGGUGCGGUGGGGACUUCAUCAGCGCAGACAGGGUGAUCAUAUGGAACAGCCAAGGCAAAGGGUUUCUCUACCAGCUCCCUACCAGUUGCAUCCCGGAGAGCGAGGAUUUCCGUAGCAACAUCGGCCGGGGCGUGGAAGUCACCUCUCAUCCCUUCCUCUACUGCAUUCUGGAGGCCAACGACCUCAAGCCGUUGUCCUGUGCACCGGCCAUGACGUUCUUCUACGGCCGGCGCGGCCCGUUCUACAAGCUGUUCGUCCGUGGGGACUCGGAGGGCUGUGUGACGGUGUGGAGAAUGCCGGAGAUCUCGGACAAGGAGCUGAGCUACCUGAAGCAGGAGGAGUUUGACACCCUGCCAGUUAUGCCACCCUCUGCCAGUAACAGCCUGAGUGAUCUAUGGAAGUACUGUACUCCGCGACCUGCUGGCAUCAUAGAUCAACUGAGUAUUUCACACAGCGAGAAAACGUCCGAGCCUUUACCAGUCACAGCCAGCAUCUACCUACCAGACCAAGGCUGGCUAGUGUGCGGUCGCAAGGACGGUAGCAUUGUCAUCGUGCCGGCCAUUCAGACAGCCAUCGUUCAGCUCCUGGAAGGACCACACACAGCCAGGAGAGGCUGGCCUCCCCACCGCAUCCUGCGCGGCCACCAGGACAAAGUCACCUGCCUCCUGUACCCUCACCAGGAGAACAGCCGCUACGACUCCACCUUCCUGGUGUCGGGAGGUGUGGAUUUCUCCAUCUGCCUCUGGGACAUCUUCUCUGGCAACCUGCUUCACACUUUCUGCCUGCACGGCGGAGAGAUCAACCGUAUGGUCAUACCGCCGGAGAAUUGCAACGCCCGGGUGUUGGCGUGCAUCUGCACGGUCGCCAGCGACCACUCGGUGGCGCUGCUCAGCCUGCGCGAGCGCAAGUGCAUCAUGCUGGCCAGUCGCCACCUCUUCCCCAUCAAGACCAUCAAGUGGCGCCCCACCGAGGACUUCCUGGUGGUGGGCUGCGAGGACGGCAGUGUCUUCGUCUGGCAAAUGGAGACAGGUCACUUGGACCGCAUCGCCCAGGGUGUGACAGCCGAAGACAUCUUGGAAGCAUGUAACCACGUUGGACAGACUGUGGAAACCAUGUUGACCCCCGCCCAGAGCAUUGCCCAGGCAUUCCGUCGCCGUAGCCUGACGGCAAUUAAGAAUGCUGCCCAUCGCCACCUGCUUGCCACCUACCAGGGCUCCAAUGUCCCUUCCACAAUUGAACCUGUCCCCAAGAACCCUUCCCACGCUCUCUCCAUCCAGGCCUUGCGUUCCAACAGCAAGGACUCGGACUUCCACGUGCUGUUCUUCGACACAGAGAUCUUGGUGGUGCACCUGCUGACGGAUGAGAAUCUGAUCCCCGGCAUCGUCACCAAGGGCCAGUCUGAGGCGGGGAAGCUGUCGGCAUCCAAGCAGGCCGAGUCCCACUCCCCAAAGCUCUCGCAGCGCGUGGCCGGGUUCCUGACCAAGCAGAUCGAGAAGCAGAUCAAGGAGAGCGACGAUGAGGAGGACGAAGGCGUCUUGCACCAGAUGCGGCCGCCCAGCGGUGCCACCUCCCGGCACCGUGGCGUUUUGACCCGCAAGGCCUCAAAGAACCUAACCCUGGACCAGAGUCACCUGACAUUGGACAUUGCCCAGCUCUUCAUGUCCUGCCUGCAUGCCUGGGGGCUGGACACCACCCUGGACGACAUCUGCCUGACCAAGCUGGGCCUCCUCAAGCCCCACUCCCCCGUCUCCUUUGGCCUGCUCUCCCAUGGCGCCUACAUGUCCCUCAUGCUCCCAGGCUGGCACCGUAGCCCAUCCAAGAGCCCCUCCCCGUCCCGGAUGUCGCCUGACCCCAGCUCCAUCUCGGCAAAGGAGGCUCUCCAGCUCAAGAAGCGGGAGCAGAAGGAGCUGUCGGAUAACCAGCUGGGCUCUCUCCUCGAAGGCCAGCAGUACCUGGGUCACUGGGAGCUCUCCAGAGCAGUCACCACCCAGCAUCUCCUGUCGGUCAUCUCGGUGGCCAACACCCUCAUGAGCAUGAACAACGCCAGCUUCAUGAUUCUGUCACAUUUCCGCAAGGGCAAAUCCAAAAAAUCUGCCGCAGGCACAGAAGGAGAUAAGAGUGAUCCCUUUGACAAUCUCGCUGAUCUUACCCCUGAGCAAGCCAUGAUAAAGCAAGGCUGGAGUUUGCUAGCCGCUCUGCACUGUGUCCUCCUCCCUGAUUUGCUGGGGAGCACCCGCUACAAACCACCGCAUCUAGAGAUGUUGGCCCGCAGGUGGCAAGACAGGUGCCUGGAGGUGCGGGCAGCUGCCCAAGCUCUGCUGUUGGCUGAGCUACGUCGCAUCGGUGCGGACGGACGCGAGGAGGUGAUCCACACCUGGGCCCACCACCUGCCCAACUACGUGGACUCCUCGCUGAGUCUCCUGGGCAGCCAGAGCCAGGCCAGCUCCAUGUCCUCUCUGUCGGAGACGGGGAGCAGCGAGAGCGAGGAGCACGAGGAGGAGAUACUCUCAGGUGAUUCGCCGACUAAGAAGUUGUCGACUUCGUUUGAGUCACGCCGCAAGCAGGCCACCGCCAUCGUCAUGCUGGGGGUGAUUGGGGCCGAGUUUGGGGCAGAAAUUCAGCCCUCCCGCCUGCAAGGCAGCCCCUCCAACCGCCCGGUCCAGCAAGGGUUUGGCAUGAACGACUACUCCUUGGCCAGGCACACAGCCCAAGCUCUGGCUUACCUCCUCCUGGAGCCCCCGAGGCCCAAGCUACCGGCUCACACCCCGAUCCGCCGGGCCGCCAUCGACCUGCUUGGCAGGGGCUUCACCGUCUGGGAGCCGUUCAUCGACGUCUCGGCUGUCUUCCUGGGCCUCCUGGAGCUGUGCAGCGAUCCCAACCAGUUUGCCGCCAGCAUUAACAGCGGCCUUCCCAUCACACCAGUGGCCGACUCCAACCGCAGCUCCCACCACGCCCUGGCCCUGAUUGCCACGGCCCGGCCGGCCACCUUCAUCACCACCAUCGCCAAGGAGGUGGCCCGCUACCAGGCCCUGGCCUCUAACACCCAGACGCCGGCUGCCAUCCUGCAGGCCAACCCGAUGGGCCGGGCCAAGGCCGAGGUGCUGCGCAUCGUGGAGCUGCUCAUUGAGAAAAUGCAGAACGACGUGGUGGACCUCAUGAUUGAGGUGAUGGACAUUGUUGUCCACUGCCUGGACUCAGGCCAGCUCAAGACCAAGGGACUCUUAGAGAUCUUCCCUUGCAUCUGUCGCUUCAACAUGCUCAGCUACUGCCACAACACCAAGAAGACGGCAGCCGGCGCCAAGACGGGCCUCAUCGCCAUCUACGACGCCAAGACGGGCAAGUCACAGUCCAUUUCUGGCCACACCACUGCUGUCACAGCUCUGUCUUUCUCCCCUGAUGGCAAGUACAUGGCCUCUUAUGCCUUUGGUGACACCAAGCUCUGCUUCUGGCAGACCAUUGCCACGCCCGUGGCUGGAGUGAUGAAACUGACUGGCAGUGCGCUUCUUGGGGGCAUGAUCAGCUCCUCUACCAAGUGCGUCAAGGCCUUCAAGACCAGGCCGUUCACCGGUUCUUUCACGGCCAACCAACUACGCCAGGUCACCCUGUCCUGGCCCCAACCCAGAGCCGUCAUUCUCAAGUACAUGGACGGCUCCAUGGACAAAUUCCAGCUGUAAGGAAGACCAGUCCAUUUCGGUAGACUCUGCCAGCAAUCUUUAAGUUAACCUGAGGGAGCUUCUGUUCCCAUGAGAACAUGGCUUGUUCCAGUUGAGAACGCCUGUGGUUCCCACCGAGAACCAAAGCGCGGUCUCAAAUGGUGGCCCAUGUGCAUACACACUGACUCUGGAGCAAUGUAAUUUUAUUCCAAGUGGUAAUGAGAACGCUGUCAAAACAUAUUUACUACACGGGCAGAAAUUCCUGUAACAGUGUUAUUUCACAAGAGGGGGUCCCCGUAAAGUUGGUGCAUUCGUCAGUUGGAAACACUGCUGAUGGCUUCCUUGAUAUGGGCUUAGUCCGAGGGCUGCUAAGCAGUUGUUAUGGAUUUCAGCCCUUGAGCUGGGGUUUUGCAAGGAUAUGAAAUAAAAACCAUGCGUCAUGCAUCUCAGUUGCAAUAUUGUGAGCACUUGCCUAGUUUUACUAAAGCAAUUCCAUCAAAAAUGUGAUUCAAGUUCCAAAUGUUCAUAAUGCUUGGCGUAUUUGCAAAAACUUAUAUACAGUUAUGUAAAAGAUUUUGAUUAUACAUUGAAAGUGUUCCACCCCCAUUUCUAUGUUAGAGACCCCACCCACUGUCUCAUAUCCCAUUUCAGCUUGCAAAACAAUGUUUCAUCCCCACUUUCUUCCUGCGUAGCGGGUUACCAGUCAUCACUGAUGUUAUAUCCAGCCCUGUAGACACAAUUAGCAACAUUUGCACUGAAUUAUGUCUCUGUAAUGGUUUUAUCAUGUUGUAUAUUGUUUCUAUCUGUUCCCCCGUACUCGAUCUUAUCCAACUAUGUUUGAAACGACCAGCAUUAUGUGAAAACUUGAAUGUUUAUGACAUUUUUUUUUUCAUCUGCCUGGAACCAAACAAUAACCCAUUGAGAAACUAGUCGGUUGAUGCUGUGCCGGGCACGGUAUCACCUUUAAUGUGAAUUUAUGUAGAAUCUGGUCCUUGGACCGUUAUCUUGUCACACAGCCUCACAUGUGCAUGCGGAGUCAGGCUUAGGGUGCCGUUUUCCUGAGGGUCCACAUCUCAUACGACACCGACAUGAAAAUGUUGCUGGUUUCAGACACCUUUUAAAAACAAUUUCGUGCUGAAAAUCAGGAGGCCUUGUUGUCUUUGGUGCUCAGCCGCUGCAGUUAGCUCUAUCAAUCAACCCCAACAAAAUGUGAAUUGUAGUAGAACACUUGGUGUCAUAUUCUCAUCUUUCGAUGUAAGCCUCAAAUCUGUUUCUAUAAUUAUCAAUUGUGUACUGCUUGUGUAAUUUUUCUGUAAAGGCUGGACAUUAUUUAAAUAUUUUAUUUCAAAUGGAAUGAAUUAUACAGAGAAUCACGUGUUUAGAAAUAUUGACUUGUACAUGUAAAAAAAAUAUUGUUCACUACUGUAUAACAAGUACUCUAUUGCAUUGCGCGUUGGAGAUGUCAGCGAGGAUUGUAACAAACAGGAAUAAGAGAUCUGAACAUCUCGGCUGUAUAACUGCAGAGAUCCCUUUUUCUUGGUAAAAGUUUUGUGUGUACUUGAAGACGCCCAUUUUUGAUACAUUGGCAAAGUUUGAAUUCAGUUGGACAAGGGUUUAUUGGUACAAUCUUAAUAUUCAAACGAC